ACACAUCAAAGCUCUGUAGAUUGAAAAAUGCUCUGCUGCAUUACCCCCUAACUGGGAAGUGAGAAAAAAGCCGGAAUUGGUGUAAGGAAUGACACUAGCUGCAACUUGGAAUAACCUGAAUUGAUGGAGCGAGAGCCAAGUGUAUAGAUGCACGCUCAGUGGAGAGACAGAUGCUGCGACUCUGGCGGCAGCCGAUUGGCUAGUGGCUGAAGACGGUACUUGGAAGCCUGCUCGCAAUGCUGAGGAUGUGAACAGAGAAAUAUCCAGCCCGUAGCAGCCAGCUGCUAACACAGGCACUUCUCACUCUCCAAGCAUCACUUCAGGAUACGGCUCUCUUACACCCAUCUCGAACAGUAGGAAGACCAUUAUGAUAACUUUAGGCAUAUCAUGAUAUAACAUACCUAUUGCACCAAGGAUCACAUUCAUGGAUCUGUUAUUCAGAGUAUUUUGCAAAUAAUACAAGAACAUUUGGACAAUUUGUUGCAACUUAAUUUUGAAGGAGAAAGAUUUGGAGGUGAUUGUUAGUUUGGAAGUACCGGUGAGACUGAUCCAGACGCUGAGCCAUCCCAGUCUCCUACUGUAGCACUUUGCACUCCCACUGGUGAACGUGGAAGUGUGAAAGAGAAGUGCUAACACACUGAAACAGCAUACUUCUUGGGACACAUCUUUCAGGACGCAAUUCUAAGGUCAUUCUCCAUCUGAAAAUGUCGGACCAAGAGAUUGAAGACUUUGAGGUAGACAGCAUGUCAGACACCUCACAAAUGAUCCCUGGCCUCCCUCCCUAUACCAUGGAUGACCAGCUUCUGCCCAUGGAGUCCCGGAGCAGGUGGGGGUGCUGGAUUUGGACUAUGUUCGUAUCUGGAGCUAACUUUGUGGCUUUCCUUGUUAACUCCAUCAUCCUGGCUGUCAUAUUUACUAUCGUUUUGACUCCAACCAUCGUUGUGGUAUAUUUCGGCUUUAAAUGUCACUCAAGGGUCCUUCAUUCUAAUGCCUCCUACUGCAAGACCCUACUAGAUGACAACAGCUCUUCUGCUCUCAUAAUCCUUGGUUUUGUUAUGAUGUCUCCUCUCAUCGUGCUGGCUAUGGCUGUGUACUGUGGUCUUGCCCGACGCCUGCGACUCUUCAUGCUCUUUCAGCCUUACACCAGAGCCCUAUACAAGGGAGUGCGAUGGAGGUGGUAUGACGAGGGAGGGAUAUGUAGCUGCGUCAGGGAAUGGAACAAUCAUGUCAAAGCUUGGGUAUAACUGCUUGUAACACUACUGGCAGCAAUCUAUAUUUGAUGUCCAUACAAAUGCUCCAUGGAAGCUAGAAGAGCUACGUCCUCAGCUGAUAGAACAUCAAAUGAACUUGAGCCUGUUGGAAUCUGCAUUGGUACAUUGAAAUAAAAAACAAAAACUGUUUAAUUUGCUAUAGAACCAGCCUCACUUCCAUAGUAACCUGAAGUUUUGUGAUGACCUUAUAUUGUUGUACACUAUAUACAUUAGAAUAUAAUUAUUUAUUUUAUUAUAUUUGCAAUAUGACCAACUGGUGUUAGAUCUGUAUGUAGAUAAUAAAUAAUUUACACCCAAAGUCAAUGUCAUUGUACUGGAUUCAGCCGUUUCCGGGAGGUGUACUAAACAGUGAUAAGAGUGAAGAAAUGAGCCAGUGGAGAAGUUGCCCAUGGCAACCAAUCAGCAGCUCUGUAUAAUUUUAUAGUAUGCAAAUUAGAAAUGUUACAUCAGUGCUGAUUGGUUGUCAUGGGUAAUCUCUCCACUGACUCACUUCUCCCCUCUAAUCACUGCUUAGUACAUCUUCUACAUCAAGGAGAGGCACCUAAGUCACUGUGACUAUAGCUGGGCUACAUACCCAUGAUCCUCAGCUAAGAACAGCUGAGCAUCAAAGCAAAUGUAGUUAGGUGUCACUUGUUUCCUACUCAUGAUGUAUAAAAUACAUUUCCUGAUUUAAACAGUGUAUUCCAGUAUUUAUUGAAUGUUAUUUACACUGUAAUUAGUCAUUUACAGUGGUAGAUUCUGGCUGAUCCAGCAUCGGUUAAUAAGGGAUCUUUAUAUUUGUUUUGUAUUUUAAAUACAGUAUACAGUAUGUUAAACAUGUUUGUAACAAAUACACAUAGAAAUGGCACACAUGAUAAAUUGUACUAAUGUGAAUUUAGCACUAAAAGUGAUCAUUAGUUUUAUCCACAGAUAUACUAGCACAGAUGUCUUUAGAUUGUACGGUGUGAGCAGGGCCUUCUUACCUCUUUGCCUGUAUGUUAUUGCCUAGUCUUGUUUUAUUAUUAUUUUUCAACUGUAAAGCGCAAAGGAAUAUGCUGGCGCUAUAUAAGUAACUGGUAAUAAAUAAAGAAAUAAUCAUUCA